CUCUUCUAUUUUUUCAACCUAACAAGUAAAAACGACACCACAACAGUUUCUACAUACCACAGCUAAUACUUUCCUUCAUAUAUAUACACACACAUACAUUACUCAAUCCAUAACAACGUCAAGACAAAAAGACCUAAUUAGGUUAUGGAGAUUCCAAGACGGUUUUGCGUAUGCAUCCUAACUCUGUUUGUUAUCUUUCUUCUCUCGCCAACCACCGUUCACUCCAUAACCCGACAUUACAAAUUCAAUGUGGUGAUGACGAACACUACGAAGCUGUGCUCGUCGAAGCCUAUUGUCACAGUUAACGGCCAAUUUCCGGGGCCUACCAUUGUUGCACGAGAAGAUGACACCGUUUUGAUCAAAGUAGUGAAUCAUGUCAAAUACAACGUCUCCAUCCAUUGGCAUGGGAUAAGACAAUUGAGGACAGGUUGGGCAGAUGGACCGGCUUACAUUACACAGUGUCCGAUCCAACCAGGGCAAAAUUAUCUUUAUAAUUUCACAUUGACGGGUCAACGAGGAACCUUAUGGUGGCAUGCUCACAUAUUGUGGCUUCGUGCCACGGUGCAUGGGGCCAUUGUCAUCUUGCCUAAGCUUGGUGUGCCAUACCCUUUCCCCAAGCCCUACAAAGAGAAAACCAUUGUUCUUGGUGAAUGGUGGAAAUCGGACGUGGAACAACUUAUAAACGAGGCUACAAAAAUUGGAACAGCUCCUGACGCCUCUGAUGCACAUACAAUCAACGGCCACUCCGGCCCCAUCUCUAAUUGUCCUUCCCAAAGUGGGUAUGGUUUGCCGGUGAGACAAGGAAAGACAUACAUGUUACGUAUCAUCAACGCCGCGCUAAACGAAGAGCUCUUCUUUAAAAUCGCUGGUCACAAGUUAACCGUUGUGGAAGUUGAUGCUGCUUAUACCAAACCGUUUAGCACCGACACCGUCCUCAUCGCUCCGGGACAAACUACUAACGUUCUCUUAACAGCAAACGCAAACGCUGGUUCCAAAUACAUGGUCGCCGCCACAACUUUUAUGGAUGCCCCCAUCUCUUUCGACAACGUCACUGCCACCGCCACUCUCCACUACAUUGGCCACACCGUUUCCUCCUCCAAGAAAACAGUUCUCGCUUCGCUUCCACCCCCAAACGCAACGUUGGUUGCGACCAAAUUCAUUAGGUCUCUCAGGAGCUUGAACUCUCGGGAGUAUCCAGCUAAAGUUCCAACUACAGUUGAUCACUCCUUGUUCUUCACGGUGGCUCUCGGCGCGAACCCUUGCGAGAGCUGCAACAAUGGUAUUAGACUAGUGGCUGGAAUAAACAACGUAACGUUCACCAUGCCUAAAACCGCUCUUCUACAGGCUCAUUUCUUCAAUAUUUCCCACGUGUUUACCGACGACUUUCCAGCCAAACCGUCUGAUCCAUUUAACUAUACCGCACCGGUAAACCAAAGCGUUAAUGCGGCGACGAUGAAAGGUACAAAGCUUUACCGGCUUCCGUACAACGCGACGGUGCAAAUUGUUCUACAAAAUACGGCUAUGAUCUUGUCGGAGAACCAUCCUUUUCAUCUUCACGGGUUCAACUUCUUCGAGGUUGGUAGAGGUUUAGGGAAUUUUAACCCGGAAAAGGAUCCGAAGAGGUUUAACUUGGUGGAUCCGGUUGAGAGAAACACGGUUGGUGUUCCAGCUGGUGGUUGGACAGCCAUCAGAUUCAUCGCUGACAAUCCAGGGGUGUGGUUCAUGCAUUGUCACUUGGAAAUCCAUACAACUUGGGGACUAAAGAUGGCAUUCGUCGUGGACAACGGUCACGGUCCUGACCAGUCACUGCUUCCUCCACCCGCCGAUCUUCCCAAAUGUUAGGGGAAAACCUUCUUAUUUUGUUACUUCGUUAUAUUAAUUCUUUUUGGGUAUAAAUGUUAGGGGUUGGUGC